AUGGCUGAACCAAGGACUAUGAUGGACUAUGCCAAACCAACCCUAACUGGGGCUGCUUCAAGCAUUGUAAGACUAGCCAUUGCUGCUAAUAAUUUUGAGAUCAAACCAGUCAUAAUUCAGAUGAUCCAAAACACAGUUCAGUUCUGUGGUAUGGCUCAUGAAGAUCCAAACUCUCACAUAGCCAACUUCUUGGAGAUUUGUGACACUUUCAACCACAAUGGGGCCAAGGCUUGGCUGAAUUCAUUACCGGCCGGAUCUAUAGCCACUUGGGAUGAGAUGGCUAGUCGAUUCCUCUCCAAGUACUUCCCCCCAUCCAAGACAGCAAAGAUGAGAAAUGACAUCACCACUUUCUUCCAACAAGAUGGAGAAUCUCUAUAUGAGUCAUGGGAGCGUUAUAAGGAGCUGUUAAGGAAGGUCCCUCAUCAUGGACUUCCUAUAUGGCUGCAAGUGCAAACCUUCUACGAUGGUCUAACCGAAGCCAACAAGACCAUUCGAGAUGCGGUAGCCGGGGGCUCCAUCAACAAUAAGACCCCUGAAGUGGCCCAUGCACUUAUAGAGGAGAUGACAGCCAAUAAUUACCAAUGGCAUUCAAGGAGGGCACAAGUGAGGAAGCAGCAUGGUCUUCACAAUGUGGACACAUAUACAGCUCUAUCUGUGCAAAUAGGUGCACUUAGCAAGAAAAUUGAUGAGAUGCAGAUGGCAGCCAUGCACGUGCAGUUCGUGACAUGUGAUUGGUGUGGGGGAGGCCACAUCAGCACUGCAUGCCAAGUUGGCAAUCAGUUUAGGCAGUCCACAGAACAGGUUGACUUUGUUGGCAACUUUGCAAGGCAGCAAGGAAAUCAGUACCACCAUGCCUUUAACCUCGGAUGGAGGGGCUACCCGAAUCAGUCAUGGCCAAAUCAGCAUGGGCCGAAGCCCUUCCCCCAAAAUUUCCAUCAGUUGGAAAAGAAAUCUAACCUAGAAGAGCUAAUGACCAAGUUCAUUGCUAGUACGGAAACAAGAUUUCAGAAUCAAGAGGCUUCAAUAAAGAACUUGGAAAAUCAGGUUGGGCAGUUGGCGCAAAUGAUUUCAGCAAUAAUACCGGGCACUCUACCAAGCAAUACAAAAGUAAAUCCACGAGAACAAGUGCAGGCUAUCACUUUAAGAAGUGGUAAGGAGCUGCCGAAAGUAGAGAAGAAAGCAAGGGCUGGAAACAAGGCAGAUGCAACCAUUGAAACCAAAAACAAGAAGGAGGAGCAAUCUGAACCGCAGCAAGAAAGACACCAACAGCCACAAGUUCCCUUUCCCAAUAGGCUGAAGCAACACAAGUUGGAAAAGGAAUUCGGUAAAUUUCUUGAAGUGUUUAAAAGUUUACAUAUUGAUAUUCCUUUUUCUGAUGCUUUAGCCCAGAUGCCACACUAUGCCAAGUUUUUGAAGGAGAUAUUGGCAAACAAAAGGAAAUUGGGAGAUGUGGCUACGGUUGCUCUAAACGAAGAAUGCUCGGCAAUCCUUCUUAACAAGCUGCCCCAAAAGCUUAAAGAUCCAGGGAGUUUCACUAUUCCUUGUACUAUAGGCAGUUUAAAAAUUGAAAAGGCAUUGUGUGAUUUAGGAGCUAGCAUAAAUUUAAUGCCAUAUUCGGUUUUCAAGAAACUGGGAUUGGGAGAACACCAACCCACUAGAGUUGCAUUGCAAUUGGCUGAUAGGUCCAUCAAGCAUCCUAGGGGAAUUAUAGAAGAUGUGCUUGUUAAAGUAGAUAAAUUCAUUUUUCCAGUUGAUUUCAUUGUAUUAGGCAUGCAAGAAGAUGUUGAUGUUCCUCUCAUCCUAGGGAGACCUUUCCUAGCUACGAGGAAGGUAAGCAGGUUGGCCGAUCCUCUUGAACUUUUCCUACAAGAGGGAGGAGCUGCAAGGGAAGAAAAUGAAGAGAUUAACCGCAUGGCAGCAUACCUGAAUGCCAAGCCACAAUUCCGAGGGAAAGGAUUUCUUAAGUUGGAGAGCUUGGACAGACCACCAAUACCAACAAGAAAGCCUUCAAUCCAAGAACCGCCCACCCUUGAACUAAAGAAACUCCCACCUCAUUUGGAGUAUGCUUUCUUAGAGGCAUCAUCAGCUUUACCGGUAAUCAUAUCAGCAGCCUUGAGCCCAUUGCAAAAAGAAAAAUUGUUAAGAGUGUUGCGAGAAAAUAAGACAGCAUUGGCUUGGAAGGUAGCUGACAUCAAGGGCAUCAACCCCUCGGUAUGCACACAUAAGAUUCUGAUGGAAGAUGGCAGCAAGCCCUCAGUUCAGCCUUAG